UUCUCAUCAACGCGGAAACCGCGCUAUAUUCAGUUUCAAGGUCAGGGUUCGGCUGAAUGGAUAGUUUACUCUUAGAUGUAGUUUCGGCAGUAAAAUUUGGGUUAAACCUAUAUAUAGACCUCUUGCGUGACUGGGAUUUCUCUGCUUUAGUAGUAUCAUUUAUAACAUUCAUGCUCAUUUUGUCAAGUUUCGAAAUUUUUGAUGGCAAGCUUGCAUCUUCCUUCUUUAUUGGUCUGAGAAAGACCCCCUUUAUAAGAUCCUACAUCAACAAGAAGAUAGAUGAAGCUUCAAAAGAAAUACAUAGAGAGUUUCAUAAAAAAACCUCGCAUAUUGUAUUUGAAAAGAACCUUCCUGUCUGCGGCCAAACUGUGGAAAAUGUACUCUCAAGUGCUCGGAAGUAUAAAACAUUGGAGUAUAUAAAGUGGAGCGAAGGGUUUGUUUCUGGAAGCGUUUACCCAAGAAAUGAUGAUCUUACAGUUUUGUGCACGAGUAUCUACAAGGAAUUCCUCUGGACAAAUCCAUUGCAUCCGGAGCUUUUUGUUGAUAUUCGACGAAUGGAAGCUGAGGUUGUACGCAUGUGUGUUACAAUGUUCCAUGGAGAUAAAGAUGCAUGCGGUACUACUACAUCAGGAGGGACAGAAAGCAUUCUUCUUGCAUGUUUGGCUUAUCGUCAGCUUGCACGUGAACAUGGUAUCAAGCAUCCAACUAUGGUAAUUCCAGUCACAGCUCAUCCAGCAUUUGACAAAGCUGCACAUUAUUUUUCUAUAAAAGUAAUCCAUAUCCCAUUAGAUCCUAUCACGUAUAAAGUGGAUAUGUUUGAAAUGAAAUCAUCAAUAACCGAUGAUACAUGUAUGCUUGUUGGUUCAGCACCAGGAUUUCCUCAUGGAAUUAUUGAUCCUAUUCAAGAAAUUGCUGAAUUAGGUUAUAGAUAUAAUAUACCAGUUCAUGUGGAUUGUUGCUUAGGUGGUUUCCUUUUACCUUUUAUGGAAAAAGUUGGUUAUCCAAUUGAAGGAUUCGAUUUUCAGUUGCCUGGUGUCACAAGUAUAUCAUGUGAUACACAUAAGUAUGGGUUUGCACCAAAGGGCACAUCUGUUAUAAUGUACAGAAAUCAAUAUUACCGAUCCAAACAAUACUUUACACAGACAACAUGGCCUGGUGGUAUAUAUGCUUCAUCAACUUUACCAGGAAGUCGAUCUGGCGCGUUAAUUGCUACUUGCUGGGCGACGAUGAUGUAUCAUGGAGAAAAUGGUUAUUGCAAAUCUACUAAGCGUAUCAUCAGUACUACGCGAUAUAUUAUAGAUGAAUUACGUAAAAUACCAGGCAUUUUUGUAUUUGGUGAACCAAAUGUUUCCGUUGUAGCAUUUACUUCCAAUCACUUUGAUAUAUAUAAACUAAGUCAUUCAUUAUCCGAUAAACCAAAUGGACGUGGUUGGAAUUUAAAUAAUUUACAAUUUCCACCAGCAGUUCAUUUAUGUGUUACCGAUAUGCAUACAACGAAUGGUUGUGCAGAACGAUUUAUUCAAGAUAUCAAGGAAAUUGCUAAAGAAUUAAUGAAAAAACCAAAUAAAAAAUCUGAAGGUUCAGUUGCUCUUUAUGGAUUAUCUCAAAUGAUACCGGAUCGUUCAAUUGUUACUGAAUUAGCUCAUUGUUAUUUAGAUGCAUAUUAUGAUAUACCAAACAAUUAAUCAUAAUUAUAAUACAGGAAAGAUACUUUUUUUUCUAGGGUUUAUCUUUGAUAUGAUCUAAUAAUUUAUUGUCAUGUAUACAACUGAUAUUCAAUAAUUAUUAUUUAAACAUUUAUUACUUACUUACGCCUGUUACCCUUUCGUCGAGGAGCAUAGGCCGCUUAUCAGCAUUCUCCAUCCAACUCUGUCCUGAGCCUUCAUUUCUAGUUGCUAUUUAUCCUUUUCAUGUCUAAACGUUUAUACUACUUAAAAUAUUUUAACUGGAUAAUUGCCCUUUAUCCUAUGUGUAUUAGAAUAACAUUAAAUUCACGUCGAUUUCUUAAAAAAAAUUUCACCCCUCCCUCUUUUUGAAAAACAUUUUCAUCCCAUUUUCCAAUUUUUUUUUCACAUCCUUAAAUUUCGAAAAAAAGGGUGGUAGGGGAUCAUACAUGUCGUGAAAUUAAUGUCAACCUAGGUAUUAUGGUUGUGUGUGUUGUUCUCAUCUGUUGCACUGAUUUUCUGUUUAUUUACUUAUUAUUAUUUGUUUAUUUAUUUACAUAAUAGAAUUAUUUGAAAUC